CACAAUCAAAACUACAGUUUGAAAAUAAGAAAUCAAAGUAUAUUUCUAUUGAGCUUACAGCACAAGCAUGAAUGCUUGUACAGAAUUGGUAACGGUUAAUGGACGACCGUUUGAACUUUUAGAAGAUAGUGGAUUUCGUAAAAUUUUAAAUCCUUUAUUAAAAGGUUAGGCCGGUUUAGAUAAUGGCUGUAAUGUAAUUAAUAAACGUAAUGUAAGGUUAAACGUUAUUAAUAAAUCAAAUGAAGUUGUCGCAAAUAUUAAAGACUUGGUUAAAAAUAAAUUAUUAUGCCUUAAAAUGGAUUGUGCGUCAAGAAAGGAUAAGUCCAUUUUAGGAAUUAAUGUUCAAUAUGCAGCUGCCGAUACAACAGUGACUACUUUACACACACUAGCUAUGAUAGACUUAACCCAAAAACACACUGCUGUGUAUUUAAAAGAAAAGGUCAAUGAAGUUCUUACAGUUUUUGAAAUUAAAAAACAACAAAUUCUUACAAUCACGACUGACAAUGCGAGAAAUUUUGUCAAGAUGGUAGAUCUAAUGCAAAAAGAAACUGAUGGUAUUGAAAAAAACUAUAUUUUUAUUUUAGCUUUACAAUGUUAAGACUUUUAAGUUUUAGACUUAACUUACUAGUUUCUAGUAUUUACUUAUAAAUUAUAAUAAUUUAUGGUAAAUAAUUUUGUUAAUUAUUCAAUAAAUAAGUAAGAGCUAAGAGGUAUUAUAAUUUAUAAUAUAAGCUUAAUGAUUAUAGUAAUGAUAUUAGUGUGCAAAUAUACAAAUUGCAAAGUAGUACAAGUAGGUACCUAUGAUUAAGUAUUAAAUUCAUUAGGUAACUACUAACUAGUUAUUUACCAGGCAAUCAUUGUUGAACUAAGUAAAAUUUACAUUUUUUAAAAAUUUGAAACAUAUUUUUCAAGAUGAAAAAUUGUUAGAAGAUAAUACAAAUAAUAACCCAAUGAGUGAAGAUUUGGAAUUGGAUCCUCUAGAUGGCUUAGAAGAUGAUUUAGUGACUGUGAUGUCAAACCAAAACAAUGAUUUUGAAGAACAAGCCUUAAAGCCUCUAAAUGUGUUAAUUCGUUGCUCUGUGCAUACUUUACAACUUUGUGUAGAAGAUGCACUUAAAUCAUCAUCGGAUCGAAAAUGUAUUUCUAAAAUGAAAGAGGUAGUAUAUAAAAAUUGUUUAAAUAUUUGAAAUAUCUGUAGUGUAGUAUAAUGAUUUUAUGGUUAGAUAAAAAUUCAAUGCCAAUUUCAAAUUAUGAAAUUAUUGUAUCUGCAACUCAUUGUGAAGUUGACAAUCAUAAUUUGUUAAAUUUUGAAGUUGAUGAUUUGGAAGAUUUUAUUCAAACUAAAACAUGUAUUUCUAUACAAGAACAAAAUGAAAGUGUUGAAGGAAUACCAAUUCAUUUGUUGUUACAAAGCUAUGAUAAUGUUCAACGUUUACAUCAUUCCACGAGUAUUAGACAGUAUUGGUAGGAUUUGAGAUUGAUUAAACCAGAGCUAUUUAGAUUAGCACAAGUAAUCCUAAGUGUUCCUGUCACUCAAGUAAGUACUGAACAUUUUUAGAUUAUUAAUAAUUUUAGUCUUAACUUCUAUUAUUAAUGUUAU